CCAACACAUUCCCAUUGCCACAGAGGAGCAGACUGGGAAUGAGACUCCGCUAAGUGCGCCCUACCUGGUCGAACGAGUCGUGCACGCUGUCAACCACAGAAGAGGAGGAAACACCCUUUAAAGUGAGUUUUUAAACAACCGAGAGGAUCUACCGAGUGAGUCUACGGAGCCGACGCGCGCGUUGAAGGACCUCGAUUAAAAAAUAUGGAUUAAACUGCAGGGAUGUUCAGGAAACGAUGAAAACAAUAUCGACACAGCGAGGAGUGACACCAGGGCCGAAGGGAAUGGCUUGAUUUGUCACACCGGGAGCGAGCGCGGUGGGACGUUACUGUGCUCAUGUUUCUGUGGAAGAGAAAGAAAGUUUGCUGCGCUUCACCCGCACACGGGUCCACUUCCUGAGAAGGCAUCGCUGCUGUGACUUAUUUCUCAUCCCGGUUUGCCGAGCCCGCCAGUUUCGGGAGGUGUUUGGCUCUCUGGCUGUCCAAAAUGUCCAACCCCGCGCUGAAGAAGAACCACUGGACCUCCAGAGUGAGCGAGUGCUCCGUCGCCAAAGACGCCCGCGGCGAGCUGAGCGUGCCGCUGCGCGGCGGCGCGGAGAACGGGGAGUUCGCCCACAUCGGACCCGUGAACGAGGCGCUCGUGGUUUUCAAAAGUGGGAAAAUAUAUGAAGGAGAGCUGCUGCUGGAAGUCGAGAAGCUCCCCAUUUCGGGAUUACCGCUGUACGACGUGCAGACCGUGAUAAAGAACUGCAAAGGUCCCGUCAGGUUAAAAACCGUCCGGCAAGGAAGCAAGCUGAACAAGGACCUGAAGCAUUACCUGAGCCAGCGCUUCCAGAAAUCCUCGCCUGACCACGAACUGCAGCAGACCAUCCGAGACAACCUCUAUCGCCACGCCGUGCCUUGUACAACGCGUGGCCCACGUGACGGAGAAGUUUCUGGCGUGGACUACAACUUUCUCUCGGUGGAGGACUUCCUGAAGUUGGAGAAGAGCGGGACCCUGUUGGAGAUCGGAACGUUUGACGGAAACUAUUAUGGGACGCCCAAGCCACCGGUGCAGCCCCCCAGUGGGAAAGUAAUUAACAGCGGCGGUAUCGGCGGUGAUGCCCCUCUGCCAGACGGGCUCAGCGGUAGCCUGCCGGGCUCGCAGCACUCCACUCCCCGACGACGCUCCAAGUCCUACAAUGACAUGCACAAUGCUGGAAUAGGGCCCGGAGAGCGGCAGGAGGACGACGACGAGGACCUCCCUGACAUGACCAGUAGCUUCACAGGAGAUUCCAGUGAAUUAGACGAGAUUCCUCACUCAGCGCGCCCCUACGCCCCCCGCAAGAGUGACCCGCCCUACGUUGGGAGAACCCCCUCACCAUCGGCCACCACGGAGAGCACUCAGCAGUCAAACUCUCACCUGAGCCAUCCUCCCCCGGAGGAUCCUCUGGGAAUUCUGCCCGACAACUGGGAGAUGGCCUACACCGAGAGCGGAGAGGUCUACUUCAUAGACCACAAUACAAAGACCACCUCCUGGAUAGACCCUCGGUGCAUGGACAAGCCUCAGAAACCCUUGGAAGAAUGUGAGGACGAUGAAGGGGUACACACAGAGGAGCUGGAUAAUGACCUCGAACUUCCACCAGGAUGGGAGAAAAUCGAUGAUCCAGUGUACGGGGUCUACUAUGUUGAUCACAUCAACAGGAAAACCCAGUAUGAGAAUCCGAUGUUGGAGGCCAAGAGGCGCAGGCAGCUGGAACAGCAGCAGCCUCAGCAGCCUCAGCCCCAAAGCCAGCAGCCACCCGAAGGUGAGCGCUACAUCCGAGAAUGGAUGGAGGACUCUGCGUUGGCAGGGGCCCCCCUGGCCAGCUAUGCUGCCAACCACCAGGAGACCUACCGGGACCCCCAGAAAGGACCUCCAAUGCCCAACGCAAUGGGACAGAAACGAGGGAAGCCUUUCUUCACCCGGAACCGCUCCGAGCUGAAGGGGACAUUCAUCAACACCAAGCUGAAAAAGAGUCGCCGGGGGUUUGGUUUCACUGUUGUGGGAGGCGACGAGCCAGACGAGUUCCUGCAGAUCAAGAGCCUGGUCCUGGAUGGACCGGCCGCCCUCGAUGGCAAAAUGGAGACAGGCGACGUGAUCGUCAGCGUCAACGACAUAUGUGUGCUGGGCUACACCCACGCCCAAGUUGUAAAGAUCUUCCAGUCCAUCCCGAUUGGCUCCAUGGUGAACUUGGAGCUGUGCCGCGGCUACCCGCUGCCCUUUGACCCCGAUGACCCCAAUACCAGCCUGGUCACCUCGGUGGCCAUUAUCGACAACAAAGACCCAAUCAUUGUCAACGGCCAGGACGGUUCCCACAACUACGACCUGCCGCCCAGCCACGGCAGUCAGAACAACAACAUCGGCUCCACCAACGGCGGGGCCCCCCUCAACGGCCUCCCGCGGCCGCACAGCCCCUCUGCGGACGUGGCCUCCGAUACGUCCUCCCAGCACGGCUACCCCAGCGACGUGGUCACCCUGGCCUCGUCCAUCGCCACGCAGCCAGAGCUCAUCACCGUACACAUGGAGAAAGGGGACAAGGGCUUCGGCUUCACCAUCGCCGACAGCCCCGGGGGCGGAGGGCAGAGAGUGAAGCAGAUCGUGGACUACCCGCGCUGCCGCGGCCUCAAGGAGGGGGACAUCAUCGUGGAGGUGAACAAGAGAAACGUGCAGAGCAUGUCGCACAACCAGGUGGUGGACCUGCUCAGCAAAUGUCCCAAAGGCAGCGAGGUCACCAUGCUGGUGCAAAGAGGGGUGGCACCAGCAAAGAAGAGCCCAAAACUGGAUGAUUUUGAGCAGGCUCCACCAUACAGAGAUUACUUCAGGGGGCAAUUGUCGCGAAAGGACAGUCAGAACAGCUCCCAGCAUAGCGUGUCCAGUCACCGGAGCAUCCACACCGACUCGCCCUUGCACUCGUCCCUGCCGCUCAGCGAGAGCAUCGCUCCCCCGCCGCCGUCUCAGCCCCUGCCAGGCCUCCCCCCCCAAGACCCUCCGGCAGACGGCACCAUCCAAAGAAAACCGGACCCCUUUAAGAUCUGGGCCCAGUCCAGGAGCAUGUAUGAAAGUAGGCUUCCAGACUUCCAAGAGCAGGACAUUUUCCUGUGGAGGAAGGACACCGGGUUCGGCUUCAGGAUCCUUGGAGGCAAUGAGCCGGGAGAGCCGAUCUACAUUGGCCACAUAGUGAAGUACGGCGCGGCAGACGAGGACGGACGCCUGCGUUCCGGCGAUGAGCUGAUAUGCGUGGACGGCACGCCGGUGGUGGGCAAGUCGCACCAACUGGUGGUGCAGCUGAUGCAGCAGGCGGCCAAGCAGGGCCACGUCAACCUCACCGUGAGGCGCAAAACCAACUACGCCGUCAAAGCGGAGGGAGAUGUGCCUCCGUCGCCGGCGUCCUCCCACCACAGCAGCAACCAGGCGCCCAGCCUGACCGAGGAGAUGGGGAAGCGCACCCCACAGGGCAGCCAGAACUCCCUCAACACCGUGAGCUCCGGCAGCGGCUCCACCUCCGGCAUCGGCAGCGGGGGAGGGGGCGGCGGGGCGGGCGGCAGCGGGAACGCCGUGGUCUCCUCGGCAGUCGCCACCACCUCCUCUCAGCCCCCCAACGUGGCCUCCAACGCCCCCUCCGCCCUUCAGCCAUAUGACGUGGAGAUCCGCCGCGGCGAAAGCGAGGGAUUCGGCUUCGUCAUCGUCUCUUCGGUGUCGCGGCCCGAAACUGGCACCACCUUCGCUGGCAAUGCAUGUGUGGCCAUGCCCCACAAAAUAGGGCGCAUCAUCGAGGGCAGCCCAGCGGACCGCUGCGGGAAGCUGAAGGUCGGCGACCGCAUCCUGGCGGUGAACGGGUGCUCCAUCACCAACAAGUCCCACUCUGACAUCGUCAACCUCAUCAAGGAGGCCGGGAACACCGUCACGCUACGCAUAAUCCCCGGAGACGAGUCAUCAAAUGCAUCUUUGUUGACCAAUGCCGAGAAGAUCGCCACUAUAACCACCACCCACACAUCUCAGCAACAGGCCGCACCUGAGGCCAGGAACACCAAACCAAAACAGGAAUCAUUUGAAUUCAAAGCUCCCCCCGGCCCUCCUCCUCAACCCCCGCAACAAGUCUCAGCUCAGGAUGCCGAGUUCUACUCAGUGGACUUGGAGCGAGACAACAAAGGCUUUGGCUUCAGCCUGCGGGGAGGCAGAGAAUACAACAUGGACCUGUAUGUGCUGAGGCUGGCUGAGGAAGGAGCGGCCGUCCGCAACGGAAAGAUGAGGGUCGGCGACGAAAUCCUGGAGAUCAACGGCGAGAGCACCAAGGGCAUGAAGCACGCGCGGGCUAUCGAGCUCAUCAAGAGUGGGGGCCGGCGCGCCCACCUGGUGCUCAAGAGGGGUGAUGGCUCUGUGCCGGAAUAUGACGGCAGCCCCGUCGACGGCGGCCCCGCAGACCCAACCGCAGGGCUACAAAACGCUGCGGAAGUGAGCGCCCGGCCCCCGACCAACGCGCCAUCGGAGUCGAGCUACCCACCAGAACCCAAAAUAUCAUCCCGCAGCAAGAAGGAGGCGACCGGCUCCGGCGCCGGCAAACACCACCAUUCCAACCACCGUUCCCCCAACAAGAAAACCAGCAAGGGAAACCCCAAGGGGAGGAAGUCCACGGAGAAGAACAAGCUGUCGAAGAAGAAGGACGACAAGGGGGGUGAAGGCCACCGCCAACAUUCCAGUGGGAACCACCGCAGCCGCCGCCGCUCACCUAGCAAGGGGCACGGCCGGUCGCGCAGCGCCGAGAACACACUGGACAGCCGCGAUGGCGGACGACGACGACAGGGCCGCUCCCCCGACAGACGCCGCGGUCAGCACUCUUCUCCUCAACGCCGCCGCUCCCCCCGCCGCUACAGGUCGCCCCACCGCUCGCGGCAACACUCCCCCACCAGACGCCAAGCCCGCUCCUCGGACCCCUACCGCCGCUACGCCUCCCCAGAGAGACCGCGCCGCAGCAACGAGAAGCCCACCGGGGGCAGGGCCGCAUUGAUGGAGCCGGCCAGGAGUCCCGAACCGAGCUUCAGUCUGGAGGACAGCGUCCUCCGGGAGCCGCCGCUCGUGGGCCGCCUGAACAGGGAGGCGGCGCUGCGCAGGGACGAGCAACUGUACGGGGAGGACAGUCUGCUGAUGAGAGCGUCCUCCAUGGAGAGAGCCUACAAGGGGGACAGCCUGCUGAGGGAUGUGGCCUCCCGUGGCCAGAGAGACGCCUUCAGAGACACCCUCCUGCCCAGGGUGCGCACCCCCGACUCUGAUUCAGCCUUCCAGAAGUACAGCUCGCUGCUGAGGGGGCGCUCGCCCGAGAGGACGGUGAGGGAGGGGCGCUACGCCAGCCGAGACGCCUCUCCCGCGCCGCUGUACCGAGCCCGCAGCCUGGGACGAGACAUCUCCCCGAUCAGGGGCUCUAGACGGGACGACUCGGAGGACGAAGAGGACGACGACGAUUUUGUAGCGGCCAAGGUGAGGGAGUACUACAGCACGGUGAAGACCAACAGCAGCCGUUCAUCCGCCCUGCCUGAGCCCAAGAAGACCUACAAGGACAACCCCAAAGACCUGAGUAUCUGAAUGGACGGCUGCCAGCCAAUCACAGCCACCACCCGCAAACACCUCCAGUACUCACUCACAUCACCACUCCCGCACAGACACACACCAUGCGCACACACUACCACACACUAUGUACAAAUGUCGAGUUACUAACAAGACACUGAAUCCAAAAUAACUUUUGAAAAGUUUUUUCCUUUUUUUUUUAUUGUAUGUUUUACCCCUUUUUUUCUUGUUUUUUGGUCAAGCCAAGCAUUCUACAUUUACAGUUAAUCUGACUUUUCCAGAAAAUGUAAAACCAUAAAAAACAAUGAUGUGCCUAACAGUUCCAUUAACGAGCAACAUUUUGCUUUUGGAUUUGAUAUGUGACGGGCGUUUUGUGCCGCCCGGUCGGAUGAUAAAAGGUAUGUACUUUUCCACGAGGAUCCCAUGGAAGUACCACGCACCUGGAUCGUGUUAUCGGUGCUCACAAUGAUUCUGUGCAUGUCUUUACCGGUUCCAAUGUCACUCUCUCGCCUUCAUUUUCUCUUUCUCUCUCGCUCUCUCUCUAUCCCCCAGUGCCACUGUUUUUUAGACAUUUGACCAGACUAUAGCACAAGCCUGCAUUUGUUUGUAUAUUUUUGACAGUUUGCAGUAUGUGUACGUUCAGAGGUGAUCAUUUUAAAUGAACGAAGGGAAAAUCAAAACUUAAACUACAAUGAUGAUGUUAAAAUAAAAUAAUAUAUUCAACAAAUGAACAA